AACUCCGCACAGAAAGGAGGAAACAGAGACGUGUUAGUAAGCCCAGGAUCAUACUUCUUCCUGUCUAACAGCUGUGGCCAAGGAGAGGAAUGGCUGAAGAGUCUCAACAAAGGAGUCUGGAUACCUUUUACAGGUGUGUUUGGGCAGCGGUUGGAGGAGACGGUGCUGUAUGAGCGUCGGUAUGGAGACCACAUGGCUCCUCUUGUGGUGGAGCAGUGUGUGGACUUCAUCAGGGAGCAGGGGUUGAUGGAAGUCGGGCUCUUCAGGCAACCUGGCCAGGCAACACUCGUCAAAGAGCUACAAGAGGCUUUUGAUGCUGGUGAAAAGCCGUCCUUUGAUAGCAACACAGAUGUCCACACAGUGGCCUCUCUGCUGAAACUGUACCUCAGAGAGUUGCCUGAACCAUUAGUACCCUUCUCUCGUUAUCAAGAGUUUCUCAUAUGUGGCAAAAAAAUCCCCUCGGACAGGGAACAGGGAUUGCUGGAAUUAAGAAACCUUCUUCACGAACUCCCGGUAGCGAAUUUUAAACUGCUGAAGUACAUCUGUCAGUUCUUAAAUGAGGUCCAGUCCUUCUCUAGCACCAAUAAGAUGAGUAUCCAAAACCUAGCAACUGUUUUUGGGCCAAACAUUCUUCGACCUAAAGCUGAAGACCCUGAAAGUAUAAUUGGGGGUGCAGCUGUAGUGCAACAUCUCAUGUCCGAGCUGAUCAGAGAGCACAGUGUGCUCUUCUCAAGAGAAAACAAUCGCAAGGUACCAGGAACCUCCAUAUCAGCUUUUGCUUCCACACAUAGACAAGGCAGCAAGGUAGACUGGGUGUACACCAAGACUACUGCUCCUCGAAGAGAGCCUCAGCUAGGAUUGAACAAUGAUCAUGUGCCCCAACCAGCUCAGACGAUCAAGCCAUUUUCCCGGAAAUUCUCUCUACCUCUUAUGAACGAACGGAGAUUUUCUUCCCAAAGUUCUCACACGCCGCAUCACCUACCCGAGAUCCAGCAGCAAAAAAUGGAAGUCUCUUCUCAGGCAAGCUCAGCUCUUCUUUAUGAAAACCACAGUCCAUCCCCUUCAGCACAGGAGUCUUCUCACUCUGGACUUGUGCCUCCCCCUACCACACCACCUACUGCCUCCUCCUCCUCAACAAUUACAGUGGCAGAAGUUGGGCACGAGGGCUGUUUGGAGUCUACAAGCUGGCCUCGUCUGGGGCAAUGCACCUGGGAGACGGAGGGAGCUCUAGGGGACAGCAGUAGGAGUAGUGAAGCCCAGGAGAGCACAUUAUCUGUGUACGACAACAUGGUAACUGGGGUGCAGCUGGAUUACCGUGUAGAAGACGGGGAAGCUGGCACUGGGAUAGUAGACUUGGAGGGUGGUACUGCUAGAAUGGCCGACAGCACCAGUUCUUUGUCCUCCUGUGAAAUCCUGCUUGGGGAUGGGGGCUCUGGUAGUGGUGGAACUGCUAGCCCUUGCCACAGCUCUGUAUGUUUCCCUUCUUUCAGGUCAGACCUUGGGGAAUGUGACUUGUACCCAAACUCCCCUGCUUCUUCUACUGCCCCCACUGAUGCCCCAUUGAGUACAGGUAGCAGUGAGGUCUUUCUUCCAAAUGGUCCUUCAGAUUCACAAGACCCUCCAGCCUCUCAAGCAAUACAGUGCCUCGUGGUUGGCUUACGGCAGCAAAUGGCCAGGCAGAAAGCAGAAUAUGAAGCCAAGAUCAACAGGUUGGAACAGCGUAACGAGGCCCUCCAGGGGCAGGUAGCAGGACUGCGUGCGACUCUGGAGCAACAGCGCCGAUGUGUCAGCGUUACUGAAAUCAAGAUGCGGAACAUGGAGCGAGCUCGGGCUGACGCAGAUCGGCGAAACGCAGCACUCCAACAGGAAAUGGAGCAGUUCUUUGACACCUUUGGAGAGCUAAACUCCGAGGCUCGGAAAACAGAGCGCAUCAUUCAAAGCUUCUGAGACUCCCAAUCUCUGAGACUGACUUUGGUAACACCUAACAUUUCUCUCUGGCAUGUACAAAAUGUUAAAAGCCUACUGGACCAAGCAGGGUGCAAAAAAGGAUCCAAGCAUUGAAAAAGAACUCACGCAUGUCUGAAAAAUGCCUUUUGUUACACAGUUAUAACUACAAAGACAAUGAAAUGACCCACAAGUGGAAGGUAGAAGGUGUUAGCAAGCAUGGCAUUGUAAAACACAGAAGUCAAUUCUUGUGACGUUAUUGAGUGUAACAUCUUAAGAGACUGUUUAAACUUCUCUGUAUGAGUGACUGAAGUGAA